UUCAGUCUGUAAAUAACUAGCCGAAGAAGAAAUUCCAACCAAAACAGCCUGUGGCGCUUUUCAUUUGAAAACGCUUUGCUCUUAGAAAGAAAAUCUAGGAGGAAAUAAGUAUCUCCGUGUUUUUGUUUGUUAGUUCCCUAUUUCCUGCGUUUCUUUCCAACACCGUUUCCCCAGUUCCGUUAAAUCAGCCUUCAUGUAUGCUAAGGAGUUAGCUAAAUGUUAGCUAACAGAUUAAUUCUGUUCUCCGUGUUGAACUGAUGUCUGUCCGGCGGGUUCUGGUGGGUUGUACCGUGUUGUCUUUACAAGAUGCCUGUGUGUUUUAUCCCUGCUGCAAAGGCUGCUUCUCCCGGAUCGAUGCUGAACAGAGAGACGCAUUAAGGUAUAGGUGCUCCAGGUGUGAUUACAGGUGUCUCAAGGRUCAAGURGACUACAGAUACCGUCUCUCCCUGCGAGUUGUCCGAGAUACAUCCACAUUUGGUGUAACCGUGUUUGGAAAUACUUUGAACUCCUUUUUCGGCAUCCAUGCAAGUGGAUUACAGAGGUUAGCUGAAAAUUCGGAGGGACCUGCUGGACCAUCAGCAAGAUCCACAUUGUUGGCGAAAGCAGUUGAAGACUGUUUCCUCGGUAGAUACUUCAUCUUUGGUAUAAAGGUGAGCAGAACAGAACGGGAACCCUGGCUUGAAGAACCUGAUGGAAGUGAGUCCAGCAGAGGAGAGAGAGCCCAGUUUGUUGCCAGUCAGAUGAUUCUUCCCCCAGCYUCAGGCCCGACCGGCUGCACCGUGCUCAGUUAUUAUCAGCACCUCCUUCAGAGAGCUUCUGAGGAWGUAGCUGAUCCCAGMAGACCGUCCGCAGCCCCCCUGCUGCUGAUUUCCGGUCCUUCUCCGAGCAGCACCCUCAGUGACGUCACUCUGUGUCCCUCAGGUCAUCUGUCCCAGGCGCUACUUCGUUUCCAGCACCAGAACCAGUCAUUUACUUCCACCCCUCCGUGGCAGCAGUCGCUUGGGCUUGUGACGUCCUCAGCAGAGCAGGAGGAAAGAUCCAGUCAGGAUGGCGCAGGUCAGAGCAGCAGACUGACGGGAUGCAGCCCAGCGCCACUUCCUGUGCAGAGAGUUCACACGCAGAACCAUCCGGGCACCGAGGAGACUCYAAAGCUAGAGUCCAGCUUUCACAGCCAUCCAUCCUUUACUGGAGAUUCAAACUCCUCUUGUGCAGGAAGUGCUGGAAACGGCUUCAGUGUGAAAACUUGCUGUAGUCCAUCACAGCCGAGGUACAAAASCUGCAGUUUCACUCCGAAGGAGCUUCCCACCACACAUCWAUCCCAAACUUUUUUAUCAAGCUCAUUUGCUUGGGAUGAUUUGCCUUUCUCUGAAAGCCUCUCCGAAUUUUUGUGCAAACAAGACCAAGGUUUAAAUGUUCUCUGUAAAACGACAAACUUAAAUUUGCAGCAUGAAAAACAAACAACGGGAACCUUUGCGGAAAUCGCAAACCGGUCAGCCGAGCCAGCUUCUGAUUGUCUGAAUGCCGCAGAGAUGAUCUCCACAAACCACCUCCAAGAUAUCGCUAAUACGCCAACAAUAGAUGGAGAGGGAAAACAUAUUUUAUCUGAUCGAGACUGGAAGAGCUGUGGUGAACGCAUGAGCAGACCUGAAGACAACAUGAUUCCGAGGUACAAUGAAGCUUUUUUAUCUUUUGAAAAACAAGAAGAGCAAAAUGAAGUGGACGGUUACAACUGCUCAGCUGACUUAUUCGGUGACUCAUUUGUACACCCGGAAACGUACACAACUCACACACGCACCGAGGGAUCGCCUUCAGAUGCCCGUUUCCGGUUCGCUGAGAUGAAUGUUCAGCACGUAAAGAAUGAAGCCUCRAGCGUGUCACAUUCAACGCCUGACAAACGGAAGCUGAAAAGCAAUCUGUGCGCUAAAAGGGAUUCUGUAGGCCUGCAAGAUUUCGACUUUGUUCCUCCUUCUCAGUCCACUCCCAUUGUAAAAGCAGGUGGAAUGACACGAUCGCCCGCGGUCACUUCCUGCAGAAGUUUGAAAGAUGAGACAUCAAAAGAAAAUUUAAGGCGSAGUGUCAGAUCCAGGAGGUGGAAGAGCAAAAUUACUCCAGGAAGGGGAUUCAGGAAGGCUGAGAAAUGUAAAGAAAGACAUCCAGCGGGGCAGCAGGUAGCGCGGCAAAGAGGAGCAACUAGCUUUGAGUCACSCAGUCCAACCAGUCAGAAACGUGACUCUGAARCGAGCAAUGUGACUGUUUGGGACUAUGACAACGCAGAGGGAGUUGUUCCUCCUACUCCUGCUCUUAAAAUGCAGUUGAGAGUCUCAUUCAGAAAAMAAUGGCAGACGGAAAAUGGCUGCAGGGAUUCAGGUUGCAACAUGAGGCGAUCUCUCAGAGCUGCAGGAAAUGAUGGCAGAGCUCUGUGGGAUCAGACUCAGGCUAAUGAGACAGAAGGUGAGAGAGAUCUUAAUGGAUCUAAGGAUCACCUCACUGAAGAUGGAAACCUUACAUGUGACUGGUCAAGGGAUUUAUUUUCAGACUCUUAUCUGAUUUCAUAACUUUUCAAAAAAAAAAAGGGUAACACUUUAUUUGAAAGGGUGUGCAUAAGUCUGACAUAACACCUGUCAUG